GUAGGUAAGUUCUAGGUAUUAGGUUAUUUUUAAUUAGCAACUAUCGUAGGUGAGUUUACGGAGGCAUGAACCGUCGCAUUCUCUAAUUGGAUUUGAUUAAAACACAGAUUCAAGUGUUGGAAUGGUCUUUUGUAAAUAUGCUUUAUUGUAUACUCUCACUUAUAUUUGUAUUUGAGAAUGUGUUAUCAACACAUUCACAAAAUUCUGUUAAUUGGCUGAAUUUGGAAUCAUGCAACUAUGGAGAUACAGUCGAAAAUUUAUGUAGCAAGUGUGUAUGUACUGCAAAAGGGGUGUACGACUGCAAGGCCAAAGAAUGUGAUAGAGUCCCAGUAAUCUACUUAAAGAAACCAACAGCAUGUCAACCCAACGUAGUAUACAAGCAGGACCUCACAAGUUGUAUAUGCGCAGCAGAAGGCCAAUGGCCUCACAAAGUCUGUUACGAUGUCUUGGGUCAUCUUCCAAUGGAGUCUAUAAAGAAAAAGACAUGUGAACCCCAAGGAUACGUCCAAGUUGAGUGCAAUAUAUGCAGAUGUAAUGACAACGGGGAAGUAGAUUCUACGCGUUGCACUAUCAAUGAAUGCGACGUAAAAAUGCCUCAUUUCAGGAAGAAUACCGAAGGCGAAGCUAGCAAAAAUUUAUUCGGACAGUGCAUAGUGAAGAACUGGUAUUCUUUGGCGCCAUGUCAGUUUUGUUACUGCGUCGACACCAACAAGCUGAUGUGCAGCACCAGUGUGACUCAAUCUAGUAGAGAAGGUCAAAUGAAUUUAGGGCCGACUGCCUUAGUACACUGCGGUCCUGGACUUUUAAAGGAGAUUGCUGCCUUGGUCCCAAACCAGAAGAGGUUCAGAACUAUACUUUCAUCCAACGAAGAUGGAGUUUGGUCGAAUGGCGUGGACGUUAAAACUAGUCGAAAUACGGAGGCAACUACACGAUACAACGUAAAGGUUGAGAAGAAGAUAGAUAAAAGACCAGAUGAUCAGCUUCAGAUGGCUUAUUAUAGUGACGCAGACGGUAAAGAAACCAAAAUGAACGCAGAUGAUAUGUCAAUAGAUGACGGAGCCCUCUUUGAUGCUAAUAGUCCGAGAAUUAGAAAACAUAACGGAGGACCGCUCAUGACCUAUAAUUAUGAUCCUUUGGAUGCAGUGAGACGAUCGCUGAAAUUACUCGAAGCCGGGGAGUGUAAGCCGGGGACUGCUUUUAAAGUUAAAUGUAAUUUAUGUCACUGCUUGAAGAAUGGCAAAAUGCUUUGUACUGACAAGAAAUGUCAUUGAUAAGCUUAUGUUUUUACUAAUAUACAAUCAGAUGACAACCAAAACUCACUAAUUACUAAAUAGCAUAGCGUUUGCUUUUAAUUACUAUUUUUUUUGCAAUUUAUUUCAUUAACGAGUUGUUUUGGUGGUCACCUGACGAUACAUUACAUGCUCUCUUCAUUUUUAUUUCCAUCGCAUAUUUUUUGGUCCCGCAGAAUGAUUCUGUUCAACGGUUAUGAACCAGUUUCGAAACAGGAAUUAAUAUUUGCAAUUUGUGAAAUAACUAGAAAUAAACGAUGCACCUUAUUGCAGAAUUUUUAAAAUGAAAAUAUAGCGUUACUUCAAAGUACCUACUAUAAAUAAUAUUAAUAAAUAAGUACUUGCAAUGAAAACAAUAGCGAAUAUAUUCAGUCCAGUCAUUAUUGAGAUAUUUCAAAAAAUCUUCUCUUCUUGGUAAAAAAGACGUACAAAGUGCUGCAAACGUACUCCCCUUGUGCAUGAUACUUACUAAUGACCCCCGUUUGGCCUAUUUAGACAGAAUGUUAACUACCCAUAGUCUAAUAAAACAUGGUCUUCUCUUCCCAGAGUGACACAAGCCUACGUCACAAUAACAUGGCCGCUAUAUGUAGCGCUAUCGCAUAUUAUCAUAUAGCGCUGUCGCAUGAUGACGUAGGCUUGUGUCAGCCAGGUGACCUAGAAAAGACGGGAAGAGAGUACCAGGCGGAGUAUAUUAUUAUACCAUGUAACUACCGAACCCUACACUGAGCAUGGCCCGACAUGCUCUUGACUUGACCGAUUUUUCUACUAACAAGUUUGGUGUGUUUUAGUAUAUUUUAUACAUAAAAACCGUGUUAGCUGUGUGUAUAAUAAUGUUUCGACUUGACGAUAG